GACUACAAUUCCCCUGAUGCAAAGCCGGGCUGCACUGUGCACACUCACAUACAGUAGUAGCUACUCAUUAUCCUUUCUGAGCAGAGGAAGUUUGGCAGCAGUAGUGAAUCAGAGUUUGUGCGGGCAGGCAUGCCUCUGCUAAUGGACAGCAAGAGGCUGGAUGUCAGACAGUCUGUGUCACGAGUUAUACAGAUGCAUCCUCGGUUGAAGGAGCGAGCCAAAGAAUUAACAAACCAAUCCACACACGUAUUUGGACCUAAAGGUUUCUUAUAUGUACAGCAAAGGGAACUGGCUGUAACAACACCAAAUGACAGUUCAAUUUCACUUCUUGGGUCAGAAGAUGCAACUACCUGUCACAUUCUAGUGCUCAGACACACAGGAAGUGGAGCCACUUGUCUAGCUCACUGUGAUGGAUCGGAUACUGAGAAGGAGGUGGCAGAUAUUUUACAUUCAGUGAAGUCCUUAUCACCAAUCUCAGAGGGAAGGCUGGAAUUGCACAUAGUUGGAGGAUUCCAUGAUCAGCGACAGCUGUCACAGAAACUUUCACAUCAGCUUCUUAAGAUUUUUGACAAACAACCAGAAGAGGUACAUCUUGUCACAUUUUGUGUCACAGAUUUAAAUGACAAGCAGGAAAAUGGCAUUCACCUUCCAAUAAUUUAUGGAAUAGCGGUCAAUGUUAAAACUGGAGAAAUUUUCAAAGCAAAAUUUCCAGACCACCAGCCAGAUGAGGAUCUGAGAUCCGCGUACAUCUUAACUGGAGGACAAAUGGUAAAUAUUUAUGAUGCCAAAGCCGAACAACUGAAUAUAGGUCCCUAUACAUGGACUACUAUACCAAACAUUGAUUACUGGCUGAAGGAGGACGAUGAGAAUAUUUUACAUUGUUUUUCUACAUCCCCAUUGGCAGAGCCGCCACAUUUUGUCCAGCAUAUGAGAUCAGCACUCCAGUUUCUGAAGGACAAUCCCCAUCCUCAGACGUCUACAUUUCCUGAUGGCAAGCCCCACUCUUACAGGAAGCUAGCCAAUGGGCAAUGGGAAAGAAUCUCCUCUCCCCCAUGAGUACUUUUACUCUACAUAAACACUACUGUGGACCAUGCUGCUUUGGUAUCUAGAUGAAAGGUCGACAGGUACAAAAGGGUGAUAUAACAAUGGGCGACAAGUAUUUUAGGGUGUUUACAUAUUUUCCCAUCUUUGCUUGAUUUACUAUCCACAUGGAUGACAAUUGGGAAUAGUAACCUGUGGCGAGCACAGUGGUAGGGGAGUGAGCCACCUUGCUGGAAGCGUGGCAAGCGUACACAUUGCCACUGAUUAUGGUCACAUUUGAUGAAGCAUACAAAAAUAACCCCCCCCCCCUCCCUAAAAAAAAAAAAAAACUUGUCGACCACCCAUGUCAACAGUUUGACCCUGUCGACGUCGACCUUAUGCAUAUUGACCAUAUGGGGUUGACCUAAUGACUGUCUACCUAGAUCUUCUAUACAGCACCAGCUGCUUUCUGUCUAUGCAAAUUCCUUAUGACAGUGUUUGUCAUGCAGAUCAGUAGCAUAAAAUAAACUGGCUGAAGAUGACGGAGCUAGCUUUGCAUAUUUCUUUACAAUGCUAAUAUAUGUACAAACCCCCAUAAAUCUGUAUAAACUGCAUCACUUCUGUGUCCAUUAGGAAAACAUGUUUAUUGUACCCAUUACUAUACAUUGUGCAUAUUGAGGCAGAUGUAUUAAGCCUGGAGAAGUGAUAAAGCAGUGACAAAGAAGUGAUAGGUAAUAACGCACCAGCCAAUCAGCUACUAGCUGUCAUUUUUCAAACCCAUAAUGAUUGGCUGGUGCAUUAUGAUCUUCCACUUAUCACUUCUCCAGGCUUAAUACAUCUGCCCCGUUGUCACUUAUUGAGUGUUGUUUUCCAAUGUUUAGUCUACAGAGGCUGUCCUUUGAUAUUAAAAUAAGUAAAAGCA